ACAUUCUACUAUAAACAUUAUCGUACAACGAGCCAAUAAGAAUUCACCACGAAACUUUCGUUGACGAUUAGGCACCGGUUCAUUUACAUUUAAGAACACGUUAGCAGUUUCGAAUCGGAGACCGAUACAAAGAAAAAUGUUGCUGUACCUGGUUUUGGCAAUUUUUUUCGAGCAAUCCCUAGGAUUGUAUCCAACGUCUUCGAGCGUCAUCGACCUAACGCCUUCGAAUUUCGAUAGGUUGGUUAUUAACAGUGAUGAAGUUUGGGUGGUAGAGUUUUAUGCCCCUUGGUGUGGACAUUGCCAGCAAUUGGUACCAGAGUAUCAAAAAGCAGCGGGGGCUCUUAAAGGAGUUGUUAAAGUAGGGGCUGUUAACGCUGAUGAGCACAAAGAAUUAGGUGGCAAAUAUGGUGUACGUGGAUUCCCCACUAUUAAAAUAUUUGGUGCCAAUAAAAAAUCGCCUGAGGAUUACAAUGGGGCAAGAUCAGCCCAAGGCUUAGUUGAUGGGGCAAUCUCAGCAGCUAAAGCUAAGGUAAAUGCUCAACUUGGUGGCAAAUCCAGUUCUGGAUCAAAAUCUUCAGGUGGUUCAGAUAAAGAUGUUAUUGAAUUAACAGAUAGUAACUUCGAAAAGUUGGUGAUGCAAUCUGAGGAUAUGUGGUUAGUAGAAUUCUUUGCACCUUGGUGUGGACAUUGCAAAAAUUUAGCCCCUCAUUGGGCGGAUGCUGCAACUCAACUUAAAGGAAAAGUUAAAUUAGGAGCUUUAGAUGCCACAGUUCACAGCAGCAUAGCUUCUCAAUAUGGAAUCCAAGGUUAUCCAACAAUCAAGUUCUUUUCACCUGGUAAAAAGGAUUCAGACUCCGUAUCGGAUUAUAACGGCGGAAGAACAGCUGGAGAUAUUGUCAAUUGGGCAUUGGAAAAACUCUCUGAAAACGUACCUGCACCAGAAUUAAUUCAAAUAGUUAAUGACGUCACCUUUAAAACAGCUUGUGAAGAAAAACCUUUAUGCGUCAUCGCUAUUUUACCACACAUAUUAGAUUGUCAAUCGCAAUGUCGCAAUAACUACAUUGAUCUCUUAACAGAAAUGGGCGAAAAGUACAAAAAGAAAAUGUGGAGUUGGUUGUGGGCGGAAGCUGGCGCUCAAUUUGAAUUAGAAAGUGCUUUGGACAUCGGCGGUUUCGGUUAUCCAGCGAUGGCCGUCGUCAACGCGAAAAAAAUGAAGUACUCCAUCCUACGAGGAUCAUUCUCCAAGGAUGGCAUCAACGAGUUCCUUAGAGACCUCUCCUACGGCAGAGGAAAUACCGCCCCCGUUAAAGGGGCCGAGCUUCCGAAAAUCGCUAAGACUGACGCUUGGGAUGGCAAAGAUGGCGAGCUUCCACCUGAAGAGGAUAUUGACUUGUCUGACGUCGAUCUUGACGAAAAAGACGAAUUGUAAAUUUUCCAUUGUACCGUUUAUUUUUUUUUAUAGAACGUAAAAUGUCCCUCUUUACUUUCCCCUCCAUCUUUAAUGUAAUAUAUUUCUCAUUGUCUCUGCACCUGUAAGUUAAAUAACACUAAACCGCGUAUGUAUGUAAAACAUUAAUGUUUGUAAGAAAAGAAAAUUAUUAUUUCUAAGUGUCUAAAUAAAAAAAAAACGUUUUAUUAAUAAAAUAUAUUUGAUAAUAA